AUGGCAGACCACGGCGAAAUUAAUUAUAACGAACCAGUCGGCAAGUGGCUCUGCUGCUACUUCUUCCACAAACGACCGCGCGCCAAUGACGACGAGUUGGCUGGUCAGCGGGAGGGUGCGCGGGAGGACGUGGUGUUGGAAUGCAAGGCCCGGAAGGUUGCCCGGAUUCUCUACUUUAGAGACGACGCGGCUACGCAACGGAGGAGGCGCGAGGCCGACCUCAAGGUGCUCGAGUUGGAGCGUCAGAAAGUUCCCCUCAAAUUUCGAAUGUACCAGUGGGGUAAACCAGCACCGACCGCCUUCACCGAAAGACUGAUGCGACAUGAGGCUAGGCUUGCUCUUUGCAGAACCUUUGAUGAUUUUCUUAAAUGA